ACAGUUCAAUUCUCUACUCUACCCUCACUUAUACCUCGAUCACAAUGCGCUCCUCUGUCCUCCUCUCUGCAGCUGCCCUUUGCGGCCUGUCCCUCGCCCACUUCGAAGUCAAGUACCCCGACACAAUCGGCUUCAAAGACGACGAUGAGGACAAGUCUCCCUGUGGUGGCUUCACCCCCGACCUCUCCAAAGAUAAACUCGUCGAUUUCCACGUCGGAGGCGAAGCCAUUGCUCUUCGCUCUACUCACCAGCAAGGCAACUGGCUCUUCCGCGUUACUCUUGACGAAGAGGCCUCUGGCGGUUGGGAACAGGUUUACCCUAUCGUUCAGCAGAGCGGCCUGGGCGACUUUUGUCAACCACAUGUCACAGUGCCUGAGAAAUACGCCGGCAAGAAGGGUUGGGUAAACGUUGUAUCUUCGGCAGUUGAUGGUCUUCUCUACCAGUGCAUUGCUGCCAAUUUCGUCAAGGGCAAGGCCGAUGCGCCCAGCGAGUGCAAGAACGCAUCUUCGGUCAAAGCAUACUUUGUCGACGACGACAAGCUUUCUGCUCUUGUGGAUGGAGGAUCAAAUUCGACGGAAUCGUCAACUGGCACGGCCACCAGCACUGGCUCAGCGUCGUCUUCCACAGAAACUAAAGAUUCGGGCGCGGCGCCGCAAUCUUGGUCAGCCAACGGCGUUGGCAUGAUUACCGUGUUGUCCAUGGCAUUCGUUGGAGGCGCUUUGUUUAUUUAGAUGCGGCUGCUCGAGAUUGGUUAUUUGCGCUGAUGGAUAUGACACUGAUAGAUAUUGUUUCUAAUUAUGAUGGAAUGAAGAAUGAAACGUGUCUAGCGCAUCUCACUCACUGCGCCGCCUUACCGCAGAUG